AGGAAAUAAUUUACUUUGUAGGUUACUUUACUCUUUGAUUUUGAUUAGAAAUAUAUUUAAAUUGUGAUAAUUGUACUUUAAUAUUAACGAUCAAAGAAAAUUUGAAUGCAAAGAUAAGUGUUAGAUAUAACUUAUGCUUCAUGCUUUUUAUGCUGUUUACUUUAAGGGAAUACAGCAUCACCUGGUUCAUAGUAACCGCUAAAUUUGUUUUAAAAGUCGGUUAUAAACUACUGUCUUAUUUGAUCUAAUCUUUUUUACAUUUGUUUUUAUUGAAUCUAGUUGAUUCUAUACUAUAAACAAUUUUAAUCAUGUCUCCAGCUGCCAAAUCAUCUAUUACCCUGAAAGGAUCUGUUGCAAUUGUUACUGAAUUUCUUGAAUUUGGAAUAAACUCUAUCCUUUUUCAGCGUGGCAUCUACCCAAAUGACCAUUUCGUCCAAGUUCAGAAGUAUGGCAUUCCAGUGAUGUUGACCAAUAAUGAGGAAGUUAAAAAGUUUAUUAGAACAAUUUUAACUCAGCUACAGAAAUUUACUCUGGAUAAAUGUGUUCAUAGACUUGUUUUGGUAAUUGUUGAUGUUAGAACAAACGAAACAAUCGAAAAGUGGGAUUUUAAAAUUGAAUUAACAACCAAUGACGACGAAGUUACCAAUGAGAAAACUGAUCUCAAUGAGAUUCAGAAAAAUAUUCGCGAUGUGAUCCGUCAGAUUACAGCUUCAGUUAGCUUCCUACCUUUCAUUGAUAAACUUUGUUGCUUUGAUAUUUUGUUGUACACUGACAAAAACACCCUUCUUCCAUCGGACCAGUGGAGUGAUGGUAAACCACCAAUAAUUGCCAGAGAAGAAAAAGUCCAAUUGAGAAGCUUCAGUACAGGAAUCCACGAAAUCGAUACAAUUGUUGCUUACAAGAAAGAAGCGGUUUGAAGCGAACAUAAUUUUGAAAAUUUGAAAAACGCUUCAAACGGCUUUUCUGCAUCAAAAUGGAUCUUGAUUUAAUCCUUGGAUCUUAUUGUUUAUUACCUCAAUUUCAAAAAUUUUUACUAUUCUGUAUUAUCUUUUAUCUUAUGUGAAUACAUUUUAAUAUUUCAAAAGGACCAAAAAAAUUUUUAUUCAUACAACAGUGUCUUUCUGUAUAGAAUAUCAAAUUGUGAUUCCGACGUAUUUUUAAGUCAGAAUGUUAUCGAAUACAAUUGAAUAUGAUUUAGGUUGAUAAAAUAAAUCAAUACAUGUAUUAUAAUAAAGAAAAAGACAUUUUCUAUUAAGUAA